GGCACAGAGACAGAAGUAGAAGAAACUAAAGGGUUUUCCUACACGACUUGUAGAGUCUACAUCGCUCUCAGAUAAUCUUUCUAAACACAUAUUCAAACCCCAGAGCUGUUGGAAGAAAAUGUUUAAAGGAAAAACAUCAGUUUUUUUCUGGCUGUGCUUUUGCCGUCUGUAUGGAGUGUUUGCUGGUACAGAUGAACUGAAGUCAGUGUCAGUGAUGGAGGGAGAUUCAGUCUCUCUAAACUCUGGUCUCACUGAAAUACAGAACGGUAAAGAUAUAACGUGGAAAUUUGGACCUAACAAGAAUCUUAUUGCUAGAACUGAUGGAGUGAACAAUACGAUCUAUGAUGUUCUUGAUGGGAUAUUCAGAGACAGACUGAAGCUGGACAAUAAGACUGGAUCUCUGACCAUCAUGAACAUCAGAAAUAAUCAUACUGGAGUUUAUGAAGUUAAGAUCAGCAGCAGCGGCCCAUCGUCUACACACAGAUUCAAUGUUACUGUCUAUGCUCCUCUCCCUGUUCCUGUCAUCAGUAACUCUUCACCCUGUUCUUCAUCAUCAUCAACAUCAUCAUCAUCAAAUUGUUCAUUGGUGUGUUCAUCAGUGUUGAGUGUGUGUGAUGCGACUCUCUCCUGGUACAGAGGAAUGAGUGUAUUGUCCAACAUCAGUGUGUGUGAUCUCAGCAUCAGUCUCUCUCUACCUCUGGAGGUGGAAUAUCAGGAUAACAACACCUACAGCUGUGUGCUGAACAAUCCCAUCAGCAACCAGACCACACAUCUGGACAUCAACACACUAUGCAGCCACACAUGUGCAGCAGAGGUCACACAGUCUCCUUCGCAGUCUUCUUCGCGGUCAUACUCACAGUCUCCCUCACAGUCGUCUCCUUCCCCUUCCACUUCAGACGUGGGCCCUCAGAAUGUGGACUCUCAGAAUGAGGGCCCUCCGAAUCAUAUGCUGAUCUUUGCUGGUGCUGCUGCUGUUGCUGGAUCUCUGUUGACUGUUACUUUAGUCGGGAUCAUCUGGAUCUGCAAAAAACGUGGAAAAACAGAUCAAGAAGAAACGGUUCGGACUUCUGAAGAAAGGAAGGGACGAAGGAAGAAAGAAACGGUUCGGACUUCUGAAGAUGAGAUAACUUAUGCUGAUCCAAUAUUCUACAAAAGAAAUGUGCAAAAAGCGGAGGAUGAGGUGGUGUAUGCAAGUGUCGUCCCGAGACGCUGAAGCACUUCUUCUCAAAUGAUGCAGUGAUCACAGUCAGUACAGUGUACAUGCACACUAGAAAGAUGGAUAUGGCGACAAAACUGCAACAUGCUAAAGAAGUGCUGCGUUUACAUGUUUCAGGGCACAUGAGAUGAUUUUAAGUGCAUGUAAACAUCGUCAGUCACUCUGAACUUUUGUAUUACUUUUACUUAAAAUACUUUUAUUUGUGUUGUGUGGGCAGAAUUUUCUGGUAGAAAAUCGUACAAAAGUCGUACAGAGUCAAAUAGCGUUUGAGAAAAAAAAGAUAUGUCUGUUUAUCACACAUUAAUACUGCCCAAAAAAACAAAAAAAAAACAUUUACAAACUUUACAUAAGUGAAAAUUACAUUAGUAUUUAUAAACAUUUAUCAUAAAAUUUGAGCCUAAACCAUUUUAAACCAAAAUGAUUUACCGGCGUGUGGGAAAUGUGCAAUAUCCCGAUCUCACAGAGAAAAAAAAACAGAACUAUUUUACAAGGUAAUGAUAGUACUAACAAACAGACAGUACUAAUGAGAUUGAAUUAGCCAUCAAUUCACAAAAUGUAAAUAGAUAUGAAAAAUCUUGACCUGCUUUACCUUGCCUAACAAGCACAAACAAUGCUAAAGUUGAACAAGAUAUUUGUUUAUAGGCUAAAUAAGGGUAUCCAGAGGGAUAGACGUGCGUGAGGUUUUAGGAAGACAAGGGUUUCUAUAUGUACAAACCCAAGAAAAGCAGGCGAGCAGCUCAACAAAACCUGUUCUGGCUUAAUCAAAUUUAUGGGCUCACUUAACUUAUCAUUCAGCCCAAAUGCAAAUAUUUGCGAUAUAACGUUCAGUUGCUAAACUAUUAUUUAUUGUAAAUAUAAAUGCUUUAUGUACACAUGGCUUUGUACUAACGUUUGGACUUGAUAUUAAUUGCAUAAUUUAGGACUAAGUAGCUUUGCAAUAAUUUGCAGCACAAUUUAGAUGAUAAAAACGCAACGAAUAUUCAAUAAAAUAUUAGUUUUUAAAAAAUGUUUUUGAAUAAUUUUAGCUUCAUUUGAUUUCUGGGAUCCUGCUUGUUAAUGCAUAGGAGUUACUGGUUUAGUUUUAUUAUAUAUUUUUUUAUUUAUAUAGCACAUUUAAUAACAACCAAAGUGCUGGUCAAAAGGUCAAACAUAAUUUCAUAUGGAGAAAGCGGAGCAUUUAGCACAAAAGCGGAGCAUUAGCAUUUAGCUAAACUUUACACCAUGUGGUUGUGAUGUAAAAGCUUAAAAGGAACGGCUCAGAAAUUUGUUCACAAGUAUUUAUUCUUAGCUGGAUGUUUUUUUUAGUUUUGCGUGUUAGUUUUAUAUUCUUUAUUAUUCUCAAUGCUUGCAGAUCAAAUGUCAUUAUUUAACAUGAUGAUGGCCAUUAUUCUGAUGGUUUGAGUUCAAAUUAAAACUUCACAUAAAUAUUGAGGAUUAAAAUCUGAAUGACUUAUUACAUAUUUAAUAUCAUGAUAAAUAUGAGCAGCAAACAGAUGUUUUUGGUGUAUUUUACAGUAUUGCAUUCAAACCACAGAAGGCCUCAGUUUCAGAUCUGGUUCAAAGGGGUUUUGUCUGUAUGGACGUUUGUGGUUGAUGCUCAUCAGUGUUUGCAUGUCUUGAGGCGUUGAUAGUGUGAGUGUGUGUUUCUGUGAAUCUGGUGGGCUUGAAGAACUUCCACAAUUUAACUUCCUCUUUUUGAGAAACGGUUUUACCUCAAAAUAAAGAAUGCAAAAUGUUUGAGAAAAAUAUCGUUUCUGCGAGAUCUUACUUUGUGAAAAAUUAAAAUGUAUCAUAUAGCCUAC